AAUAAUUACAUGACAACGCGGUCUAAAUUCUAAUAAUAGACAGGCCAAUCCAAAUGCCAGAAGACGGCUCUUAAAGCCGGCCCCCACUCCGUCAGCAUUGGGGAUCCCAUGCCACAACUCCCCUCUUUCUCUCUCUAUAUAUAUCUCUACUCUCUCUGUCUAGAAGAAUACACCUCUAUUUAGUAUCCAAUUCACUUUCCAAGUUUAUCUCAACAAAACCCACCACAAAACCUUCAUUAGUGCCAACUGCCAACCCAUCUUGUUGAGGAUUGUCCUUCUUUACAACCUCCUAACUAAAUACAAUCCUCCUCAAUUUGGCCCCCAAAUAGCUUAUUAAUUAGAACCCACCUCCCUCCUUCCCUUCUUGGCUCCAACCCCCCCAACGCACCACUCCCUCCUCCUCCACCUCCAGUAUCAAUUUAUUUUAUAAAGUACCAUCUUCGAACCCUGGGUAUUAGAAUGGACUCCGACCAGCUACAACGCGUCUUCCAAAUGUUUGAUCACAAUGGGGAUGGCAGGAUCACCAAGGAGGAGCUCAAUGACUCAUUGGAGAAGAUGGGUAUCUUUAUUGCUGACACAGAGCUAAUCCAGAUGAUCGAGAAGAUUGAUGUUAAUGGGGAUGGCUGUGUGGACAUCGAUGAGUUUGGAGCAUUGUACCAAACGGUAAUGGACCAGCAGGACGCGGAGGAGGAAGACGAGGACAUGAAGGAGGCUUUCAAGGUGUUUGAUCAAAAUGGGGAUGGCUUUAUCACGGUGGAGGAGUUGAGGUCUGUUCUGGCAUCCCUUGGGCUUAAUCAGGGAAGGAGUGUGGAGGAGUGCAGGAGGAUGAUAAUAAGGGUGGAUAUAGAUGGAGAUGGGAUGGUCAGUUUCAGUGAGUUUAAGGAAAUGAUGAAAGGGGGUGGUUUUGCUGCAUUGGGUUGAUCUAAAUGGACCUCGGGGUGUUUCCGUUUGUUCAUAAUUGAUUGUAAAUAGUUUUAUUAUUAAUUGAUAUAUUUCUUUAAAUAGUUUCAUUAUUAAUUGAUAUAUAUCUUUAAAUAGUUUUAUUAUUAA